CGCACAACGAUAGCCGGAAGCAUCGAUAGGAUGAAAAUAAAAAUCGAUCAAAUGCAUUCUAGUUCGUAAGCGUUAAGCUUAUGUGGAUAUCUUUUUCUCGAAAGUUAGCUUGACAAAGAACAGAUCUCGCUUUUGACAAGGUGCUGUUAGCAAAUGGUGUGGAGAAUAAAAGCUUCUCUUUUGUAACGAAGUUCCUCGGUUGGGUUUAGCUGACGUGUGGAGAAGUUGGGGCUGCCAGAAGAGAGCAGAUAAACAAACAUAAACAACCAAGGAUCAGCUGGGCUCUAGUCCGAUUCAGAGCGACGGAGAAAUGUCAGUGAAAGCAAUUCGCCUGUAGAGUUUUGACCCAUAGAAUGAUUCACGGGAUCUCCUAACGUUGUUAUUUUUCUUCAUGCCAAGUAUCAACAGCCCACUGAAGAGAAAUACAGCGCGACGACCAGAAAAAAAUCUUUCAGUGAACAAGAUCAUUUGUGGCAGUCACUUUUGCUUGACUGGACAUAUCAAUUAGUUAAAUGUGUACAUGCCACUACAGUUGCAACAGGAAAAAACGUCCUCAAGCAAUUUGAUAUAAGUGCUAAGACCGUGUUGUUGCGCAGCUUAAGUGAGAAGUAGUAAACUAGCCAUGGCUCACCAAGCGACUCCUAGUUCCCAGAAGGCCUUGAUGAUGGAGAUGAAGUCUCUGCAGGAGCAGCCAGUGGAGGGCUUCCGCAUCACUCUGGUGGAGGAGUCAGACCUGUACAACUGGGAGGUGGCAAUAUUUGGUCCCCCCAACACACUGUAUGAGGGAGGCUACUUUAAGGCUCACAUCAAGUUUCCCAUCGACUACCCCUACUCCCCGCCCACCUUCCGUUUUCUCACAAAGAUGUGGCACCCCAACAUCUACGAGAACGGUGAUGUGUGCAUCUCCAUCCUCCACCCUCCUGUUGACGACCCCCAAAGCGGAGAGUUGCCCUCUGAAAGGUGGAACCCCACCCAGAAUGUCAGGACCAUCCUGCUGAGUGUAAUCUCUCUGCUGAACGAGCCCAACACUUUCUCGCCGGCCAACGUAGACGCCUCCGUCAUGUUCCGCAAGUGGAGAGACAGCAAGGGCAAGGACAAGGAGUACGCAGAGAUCAUCAGGAAGCAGGUGUUGUCCACGGCGGCGGAGGCCGAGCGUGACGGUGUCAAGGUUCCCACCACGCUUGCUGAGUACUGCGUCCAGACAAGAGUUCCCUCCCAGGAUAGCAGCUCUGACCUGCUCUACGAUGACCUGUACGAUGACGACAUGGAGGAAGAGGAGGAGGAGGAGGAGGAAAGCGACUUGGAGUCCGGGGGCGAGGCGGGGGGUACCAGCGGAGGAGAGGGAGGGACCAGCCGCUACGACAACCAGGAUGACUCCGGCAACGAGGAGUCUUGAUGAUGAUGACGAUUGGUUGGAUUGCCCCUUGAGCCACACCUUUAACCCCCCCCCCCAUCCCUCCUCUCUGUCCUCUCCAGAUCUGUCUUUCUGACUUGUUAACAUGGCUGGUGUGUGUGUGUCUGUCUGCCUAAAUAUAUGUGGAAGGCUGACUCACUGUGUUGGUGAGUGUCUGUCCCUCUGACUGGCCGACUUUGUCUCUCUGCCACUCUCUGUCAACCCCUUGGUGGCUCUUUGAUCUCGCCUCAUCCGUUGGUCUGCCUGUCUUUCUGUCUACCCACUCCAACUGUGAGCAUCCUUGUGUGUCUGCCUGGUUCUCUGUCGGUCAGUCAGCCUGUCUGUCCGCUUUCGAUGCAAUCAACUUACCUACCAACACAAACUCUGCCCUGAGACCCAUCUACCCCCCUUACACACACUUUUGACCCUUAAACCCCGAUCCUCCAACAGAGCCAGGAAGGGGGGGAGGGGGGUCCUAAUCCCUACCAAAAAUUGAACCAUAGAGGAGUGCACCAGUAUUUUCGACUCCCUCACCCUACCUCCCUCCCCUGCUCCUGCUCCACCUCUCUCUGCCUCUAAACCUCAGGGCCUCCAUAGACUCUUUAGCGAGAGAGAAGUUGAACCGAACUCAACACAAACUGCUCCUCAAUGUUGAUGUUUCAUUCUCGUUUCUCUAGGUAGUUUUUUUUUCUUUUGGGGGGAGGGGGGGGGGGUGUAGAGUGUACACAGAGAGCAUGAACUGAUAAGUCUCCAACCACCAAACCCAUGGUACACCAUUUUAUUCCUCCACUGAGUCCUUUUGUUUCUCUUUCUCACUCUCUUCUAUCUCGUUCCCUCCAUCCUCUACUUUCCAAACUUUUCGCAAGCCCCUCUGCCUCCUUAGGGCUUUUUGUUGAAUUCUCACUGUGAAUGUCAAAGGUCAAGGAUUCAGUGUAUGCAGUCAAUCAAUAGACGGAAACUUUACUAUUGGUUGGUCAUAAUUUGCUUUUAUUAGUGCUAUACAUAUUGCUAUAUGAUACACUGUUAUUAUAAACAUACUUUGUCUCCCUAUGUCGGAGUCUCUCUGAGGCCUUUUGCUAAUAAUGAGAAAUUCAUUUUAAUCAAGUUACCCCCCCACCUCCAUGAUUUUAUCUCACUUUACAUUGUUGUGCUUUAGAGGAUGUAUGACCUUUCGCCGUAUGUUUUUAAUUUGAUCAAAAGUAGCGUAUAUGGUAUACGUCUACGCUUCGAUGAAUGUGACAUUCAUUUAUUCAUUCAUUGACACUUGUUUGUGCUCCCCUUAGCCCAACACUCAUGAGAAGAAGCUGCAGCGUCCACUUUGAACAGCUUUUAGCAGCAGCUCCAAACCCCAAUCACCAGUUAGACUGUCUACAGUAUGCAACCUGUGACCUUUUAUUGUAGUGCCGUGAGGGUUUGUGUCAGUAUGCUGACAGGAUGCUUGUCUUUGAGGUCACACUUUACAGUUAGUGCUCUUGUUAUACUGCAAUAACAUGAGUUACACAAAUAAAUACUGUGUAUCAGGAAAUGUGACAAAGUGACUUAUGUAGUGACAUAUAUAGUACAAUACUUUUGCAUUGGGCCCAAUGCAAAACAGUCAUUAGCAGUAAUUGCACAGUAAUUUUACAUGUGCAAAUACACCGGUUGACGAGAGCCUUACUAUGACCAUGUGCAAGAGCAGAGUGAUGCUCCGAGUUGUGCUUGGUGGCACAAAUAUAGAUGCAGUGUCAAAUUUCAGGUUGUUCCACAACACAGUUGCAUAUAAGUGCAGGUUACAUUACAUUACCUAUUACACAGCGCUUAUGUAAUUGCAUUGUAACAAGGACAAGUGUAAAGUGUCUUACAGUACACUGUAAGACAGUACACUGGUACAGAAUACACAGGCUACUGAACAGAUAGGAGUAAAUUACAACGCUUUAAGCUCAGACAACCACAAUCCUUACAAUUUAGUCAGUUUUCACUUGUGUGCAUGUGUGUGUCUGCGUGCUUUUUUACAGUGGAACCCAAGGUUGUCAAAUACUUAGUGGAGAUCAUCGCCUGGAAUGGAUAUGACGCAAAGGAAAUUACAUUUGUUUUUUCAUACCAUGGAAAAAACCUUGGAGCAAAUGGAUUGCUGGAGUAACUAGGAUGUCAACUUUGUUUUUGUUGUUGUUGUUUUUUUUUAUGAAAACAAGAGAAUCCAAAGUAGGAUACUUAUCUUGUGGCUCAGCUGAAUGGAGCGCUCGUUGAGACUAGGUUGUUGACAAGAAAAGAUGGGACAAGGAAUUCCCUCAUUUACUGGACAAUUCAGGAUAUGAUGUCAUAGAUUUUGGGCCGCAACAGGAAGAAGACAUUGUUAGGUUCCAUCCCUCUGAAGUGGCUUCCUUCCUUGUAUACUAUCGUUAGAUUCCUAUAGUAAACACUGCGAGCGAAUAGGGUCUAAUACCAAUAGUCUUUCCGUAAAAAAUCUAUGUUUCUUGAUGCAGAUUUAACCAGCAACACAGUCGACUCCUGGCUAACCUCCAAGCUACCUAUCACCACUGAUGCAAAAGAUUUGUGAGUUUGAGUUAAGGCCUUGAUUUGACACUUGUUUUCAGUUCAGUGCACUAGCAUGAGAGGAGAUAAAGGAGAGGAAGCCACUGAGGAGUGUGGAGGCCCCUCCUGACAGAUCCCGUUUCUGCGUGCAGAUGAUGGACGAGGAGUCGGAUCCGCUCCCGAGUAGAUCUUCAUCAGAAAUGACGUUCAACAAGGAAAAAUUCUUCAUAGCUGACAAGACAUUUCAACACAACGUUGUUGUGUUGUUAAGAUGGCCAGCGAAGAACCCCUAUUCCUUUAACCUUUUGUGUGAGCGUGUGUGUGUGGUUUUGAAGUGUGAACCUGAUGCUUUUCCCCUCUAUGGCUGAAAACGGUCACACAUAUGGACUUUAAAAGAGGACUUGCGUACCCGUGUCCACGACCAUUGAUGUUAAUGCUGCAGUCGUUGUUGAGUUUGUAGUUUUGUUUCAUUUCAUAUUCCGUUUUGUGUUGUGAGGAUGCAAAAAUCACGUAUAAAAUUUAUAUGGUAAAAAUAA